AUGAAGCAAUCAAGAUCAGAACCCAAUUUAAAGUCCGACACAGCAGCGUCACGAAUGGCUCGGCUCAUUCGUCCGCCGAGAGGAACACUUCUGAACCCAGGUGUCAAUGCCGAUUUUAAAGCUCGACAUCUAUCUGUCUACGGCCGUCCCUUGAUGUCGAACCGAGAUCUCCGCGCGAUAGAGGUCGCGGAACUCAUGGCUGACUGGGCCUCUGAUGAAUCUCAGCCGGAUGGAGUCCGUGAGGGGUUUCCAUUAGAUAGCGUGGUGGGAAUCAACCUAGCCAUCAACGACUUUGAGAUUCUAUCAAGGAGCCACACAGAAGACAUAGAAGAUGCUUUCACCAUCUUUGCACACGAAUGGAAAUGGCGUCCUCCGGUGCUCAAAGCAUUCAAGCCUGCGGAUGUCAGCCGCUGGGAGAUGGAGGUCUAUAACAUUCUCUACAACUAUUGCCUACGACCCUUGGAGUACAACUCUCACACGGUAUUUCAAUUCAUAGUCUGGCUCUGUUCCCAUGGCAGCGUGCCCAUAGAGAUGCACGACAUCAUCGAAAAGGAGCGUCUUAGUGGCGAAGGGAUCAGAUACUCUGAUCUCUUAGGAUUUGUAAAAGCACAUGUUGACUUACAACCAGAGGAAGUCCAGCGCAAGAAGAGACUCGCAGAGUUCUUCGCCAACAACAAGCCCCCUACACUUGGAGUCGCUGAUCUGGAAGGGUUCGAUCGAUACAAACGAGAUGUCAUCAAGAUCUGUCAAACAAAUCGGGACAUCUACGUACUGUGGGAUGAGCAGUUUGUGUCCUGGCUCAAAAAAGGGCUUUGUGGCUUCCCAAGACUCAUCUCUUCGAUCGACCGUCGGGCGUUUGAACUGGCCAUCCGGCUCGACGACAAUAGGCCUCCUACGUGUAAAGACGUUCAUCUUAUGUUUGGCGAUCUCUUGAUCGUGAUGGAGCAUUACAUCGCUCGUGAACACGAUCGUCAGACGCAAUGCACACCAGAACCACUGACCGAGCAGUCAGAUGAUGAAGUUGAGCUUGAGGAUAUGUUCAACGAGAUCUUGCACAAUGAGAGAGAGAUCCAUUACCAGAAGGCUGAGAUCCAAAAACGGCAGGCUGAGAACAAAGGGACAGUCGACGAUGACAGACGUCUCCAACUUCUUGAUCAGAAGGCACACAAAUGUGUCAAAAUGCUGAAAGAACUUCAGCAAGCACAGAGAAGAAGAAAAAUCAAAUUCGAGCAAGAAGCUGUACAGCGCAACAUUGAGUCCACGAAGUUCAUGACAGGAAGUUCCGCUGCUCAGAUGAUCACUGCUCAAGAUGUCGAAAUGCGAAAGGCUGUAUUGCAAGAAGUUCUCGCACCUCAGCAAUACUACACAAAUAUGCCCAAACACAGGCCAUCCUAUCCUCACAGACCUGAUGAAAGGUCAGGCCGAGGCAAUCACGACCCCGAUUACGAGCGGCGGCAAAGAUGUCGUAUGGCAGAAAUCAGACGCCAAAAGUUGACUCGAAGGACGAGAUGA